AUGGCCAUUAAAAUAAUCAUGCCACAGACAGAGCAUCAACGUUCUGCGCUGUCGGUGCUCACAGUGGGAGUCCACGCGAUAGGGUGGAUUUUUUGCGGUGUACCUCUACAACAAGAUUUUCUCAAUAUGAGAAGUGCUGAAGUGGAAAAAGUCGCCGAUGUGGAGUUAAGCGAAGUAUAG